GCAGGCCCGGAGGCUGGGGUGCCGCCUCCUCUGCAACGCCGGGGCCGAAGUCUUAGAACCCAGGGCCCGCAGGGGUCCCGGCGGCCGCCGCGAUGCAGAAAUACGAGAAACUGGAGAAGAUUGGGGAAGGCACCUAUGGAACAGUGUUCAAGGCCAAAAACCGAGAGACCCAUGAGAUUGUGGCUCUGAAGCGUGUGAGGCUGGACGACGAUGAUGAGGGUGUGCCCAGCUCAGCCCUCCGGGAGAUCUGCCUACUUAAGGAGCUAAAGCACAAAAACAUUGUCAGGCUUCAUGAUGUCCUUCAUAGUGAUAAGAAGCUGACUUUGGUUUUUGAGUUCUGUGAUCAGGACCUGAAAAAAUAUUUUGACAGCUGCAAUGGUGACCUCGAUCCUGAAAUUGUGAAGUCAUUCCUCUUCCAGCUGCUGAAAGGCCUGGGAUUUUGUCACAGUCGCAACGUGCUGCACAGGGACCUGAAGCCCCAGAACCUACUCAUAAACAGGAAUGGGGAGUUGAAAUUGGCUGACUUCGGCUUGGCACGAGCUUUUGGAAUCCCGGUUCGCUGCUACUCAGCCGAGGUGGUCACACUGUGGUACCGUCCACCGGAUGUCCUCUUCGGGGCCAAGCUGUACUCCACGUCCAUUGACAUGUGGUCAGCCGGCUGCAUUUUCGCAGAGCUGGCCAAUGCUGGGCGGCCUCUUUUCCCUGGCAACGAUGUGGAUGACCAGCUGAAGAGGAUUUUCCGGCUGCUGGGGACACCAACUGAGGAGCAGUGGCCCGCCAUGACCAAGCUGCCGGACUAUAAGCCCUACCCAAUGUACCCAGCCACAACGUCCCUGGUGAAUGUGGUGCCCAAGCUCAAUGCCACAGGGAGGGACUUGCUGCAGAACCUCCUGAAGUGUAACCCUGUCCAGCGCGUCUCAGCAGAGGAGGCCCUGCAGCACCCCUACUUCUCCGACUUCUGUCCCCCUUAGGCCCCAGGCCCUGGCUGCCAGGCUGGGGCCUGGCCUAUUUAAGCUCCAUGAGGAGGGGGAGGGCGGGUGGGGGGUUGCUGAUGUCCCACUGCGCUGGGCCCAGCCAGGGUGGAGCUGCCCUAGUCAGAGGUCAUUGCUCCUCUCCAUAGACUUGAUUUAAUUCCAGAAACUGGCUCCUUUCCCACAGUCUGAGGUGGUAGGGUGUCCAGGAAGGGGGCCGGGAGCUAUGUUCCACUUAGCAUCCUCUGCAGCCCUGCUUCCAGCUCAGGCACCCCCAAUUGUCCACACCCUGCCCCCAGACUGUAAGAGACCUGAGUCCAGAGGCUGCAGGCCUUGACCUUUGACCCCCUUCCUGGAGUCAGGGCCCUCCUGGGGACAGGGCCUUGUUGCCCCCACCGCUUUCUGCAUUUGACCCUCUGGGAGCAAAUAUAGGCCUCUGAUCAGGGACCAACAAGGGCUGUCCUGUCCUUGUGGCUGUCUGCAUCUCUGCCCUGUCCCCAAAAACCUGCAAGAAAGACCCAAGGAUCUGGUUCUACCAGGAAUAACCCUGUUCCCCUCUGCCAGUUUUCCAGUGGCCGAGGCAUAGAGAAAAAGAGAAAGGGGUCUGGGGCCAAGGCCUGGGGUGUCUUUCCUGGCAGGAGGGGAAAGGAGAACUCCAUGGUCCCUUCUCAAGCUGGGUCCUUUUACUCUUGCGGGGAGGUUGGGGAUGUAAGAACUAUUCUCCUGGAAUGCUGGGAACAGUGGCAUUUGGAGGCCGAGGCGGGAGGACUGCUGAGAGUUUGAGGCCAGCCUGGGCUACAUAGCAAGACUGUCUCAAACAAAAGACUGUUCCCAUGGAGACAGGCCACAUUUCACGCCUGGUCCUACAUGUAAGAAGACGAAUCAUGGCCUUGAAGGAGGAUCCUAGUUUGUGUUCUUAGAAAUGGAAGAGCCAGACCAGACGUGGUGGCACAUGCCUGUAAUCCCAGCAUGGGGAGUGAAAACAGGAGGGUCACUACGCGUCCGAGCUGCGUGGUGAGACCCUGUAACAGAUACAUUAAAAAAAAUCAGAAAUGGAAGAGCCCCUCGCCUUCUCCCCUGCUUGCUGGGCUCUGGGUGGGAGCCCCCUUUCAGCUGUGCCCCGAUAGUGCACUUAGCACUCACUGACCAGACUCUGCCUCCCCUUGAGCUCUGGCCCUGGGGAGAGGGUCGUCUUCUCUGAGAUCCCCAUAAACUC